GCCGGACGUUUGUUGUGUCACAGUCGCACACUGUCAGUCAGUCGUUAGUUGGUGCCGCUACGGAGCGGAUAAACGCUGAAAAAGAUUUGAAACUUGGCACCACGAAUGCGAACAGCUCUCUCAUUAAAUCCAACUAAAAAAAAGGCGAUAAACGCAGUCGAGGCUCAGCACACUGUGUGUAAUUGUUGGCAGCAGCCAUGUCGGGCACCUAUGAUGACUCCAUGAUUGAUGUUUCCAGUGAUAGCUUCUGGGAGAUUGGUAACUAUAAACGCACAGUAAAGCGUGUUGAUGAUGGCAAUCGGCUCUGUAACGAUCUGAUGAGCUGUAUUCAUGAACGGGCUCGCAUUGAAAAGGCCUACGCACUGCAGCUCACAGAAUGGGGAAAGCGCUGGCGGCAGCUUAUAGAGAAAGGUCCUCAGUAUGGCACACUGGAGCAAGCGUGGACCGCCCUGUGCACCGAGGCAGAGAAGGUUAGCGAGCUCCACAUAGAGGUGAAAGCAGCGCUAAUGAGCGAAGACUACGAGAAGCUGAAGAACUGGCAGAAAGACUCGUACCACAAACAGAUGAUCGGCGGCUUCAAGGAAACUAAAGAGGCAGAGGACGGCUUCCGCAAGGCUCAGAAACCGUGGGCCAAGAAACUGAAAGAGGUAGAGACAUUGAAGAAAGUUUACCACGCAGCCUGCAAGGAAGAAAAGUUAGCAGCCAGCAGAGAAAACAACAGCAAACUGGAGAGCAACAACAACCCCGACACUCAGAAGAAACUCCAGGAAAAACUGGAGAAAUGUCAGCAGGAGGUGCAGAAGGCGAAAGAACGAUACGAGAAGAGCCUUGAAGAGCUCGACAAGUUGACCCCUCAGUACAUGGAGAACAUGGAGCAAGUGUUCGAGCAGUCGCAGCAGUUCGAAGACAAACGGAUUCGCUUUUUCAAAGAGGUGCUUCUGGAGGUGAAGCGGCAUCUGGACCUCUCAUCCAGUUCCAGAUUCCAGACAGUCUACCACACGCUGGAAGACACAAUCUCUGCUACUGAUGUUGAAGAGGACUUGAAAUGGUUCCGGUCCAAUCACGGCCCUGGCAUGCCAAUGAACUGGCCCCAGUUUGAGGACUGGUCCGUAGACCUGAACCGAACACUCAGCAGACGAGAAAAGAAGAAGCCGUCAGAGGGCGUCACGCUGACCGGAAUCAGCCAGACUGGAUCAGAGCAGCCUGCUCAGCCUGCAAAGACUGGCAGCAGCCUGACUGUACCUACUAAAACAGCACCCGUGGGCUCUAACCCCUUUGAGGAUGAGGAGGAUGAGGAAGAGGAGAUGGCUGAGGAGCAGCAGCAGCAGCGGCAGCAGACCAUAGAAAACCACGUCACUGUGAAAAAAGAAGAAAUAAAAAUUGUCAGCAGUGCAGAAAAGACUCCAGACUGGUCAGAUGAAGACCCAGUUGGGAACCCUUUCUCUGCUAACGGUGACGGCAAUCCAUUUGAGGACGAGCCUGAGUCUCCAGUUGUAUCUGUUCCUGUCAAAGCCCUUUACGACUAUGAAGGACAGGAGCAGGAUGAGCUAAGUUUUAAAGCAGGUGAUGAAUUUACCAAAAUUGGAGAAGAGGAUGAUCAGGGUUGGUGCAAAGGCCGACUCAAGGACGGACAAAUGGGUCUUUAUCCUGCUAAUUAUGUAGAGGACAUCCAAUAAGGAAUUAUCCCAGAAAUGUGAACAUUUUUUUCUUUUUCUUUUUUUUUGUCAGCUCUAAAGGACACAGAGGCUCAGCUUGAAUGACUCUGUGUAAAGUCUAGAUUAGAACUGGAGUGCGACACAUUGUUUAAGGACCACAUGAAAUUUUCUACAUGUUGACCAUCUUAUAAAGAAAACGGCAGAAGUGGAAAGUAGUGUUGAGUUAUCAAAUGUUUCCAGAAAGAUUACAGAUAAGUUGUGUAAGAUAUGUUACUUAAAUCAUUUAUGCUGUUACAGAGAAGAUAUUAAAAGUUUAUGUAAAUAUAUAUUGUUUGAACAAAACACUGGGAUGACAGUCGAACAACCUGCCUAGCAGACUUAAUAUUUGUAAUUCUUUAAGGGAGAUUCAUUUUUAUAACCAGAAUUAGCUACUAGUGAAUAAUUCAGUUUGUUAAUGUUUAAGUACUUUUUUAAUAUAUACAAAAGYCCUUAUGUAAAGUUUGUGUUUAAACGAGCACUUAACAUUUCUGUCAUUCCUGUCAUAGUUUUAAAUUUCUUCUGCCUAUUAAAAAAAAUAAAGAUCUAUUGGUUAUCUUCAGUAAUUUGUUUUUCAAGUCAGUACAGAUGAAUGUAUAUCAAUGAUUGUAAAAAAAAUUUUUUUUUCAGCCUUUGAUUGUUCACUUUUACUGGUGCAACCACUGAUUUAUUCCCCUUCUAAAAUGGCUGACCAGGAAACGUUCCCACCGUUUUUGUCAUUUGUGGUUUGUAGGAUUUUUAUAGUUCAUUUUUGACACAGCACUGAAUGUUUCUCCAUUUAAAUGUCAAACGAUUAAAGAAAUUUUUAGUGUUUUUUUUUUAAGUAGAAAAGAUUUUAGCAAGAAAAGCAUAAACUUAAAUUUGUGCAUGUAAAUGGAUGCUUAGAUUGAACAAAUACAAAAAUAAGUGUCAGCGAUGAAAGGACAUUCAGUUGGAGAUUGAUGUUUAAUUUAUAAAUCCUCAAGUGCUUUUUUUCUACUUUUGUUAGGAUGCUGUGAUUGAAAACAAUUGUAUAUUAACUGAAAUUUUAUGGCAAAUAUUUGUUGUCAUUUGUAAAUAAGAUUUUCUUUAGAGGGACAUUUGCAUUCUGUUAACUAAUACCAUAUGAUUCACUUAAUUUUCUCUUAAAAGCUAAGAUGUUCAGAUUCUCGCCCCACAACUUUAAUAAAUAUUCUGGAAUGAACUGUAGCUCUUUCAUGAAAGCUCUAAUUAUUACCUAAUGUAAUCAUUUUAGUGAUGCCUUUGUCAACGAUUAAAAUAAAAGGAUGUUUUGACAUGUUUUCAGGGCGUGCUGCUGUCAGUAGGCAGUAACAGCUGUACUUGCACAUUGAAUGUCUGUAAAUGUUGUCACAACAUAAUAAAUGAGUUUAUUCAGCAAAA